UUGAUUGCGACUUGCAUUAAUACCAUAAUUAGAAUAUCAUGAAGUAAUUAUACCUAUUUAAGAGUUUUAUUUUUAUUGCCCUUAUUUAGUAUUAGGUAUGUACAAAUUAACUAAACUCGCAUAUUUUGCAUGCUCUGAAAAGCAAAGACAAGAAUAUAAUUAUUUUAAGCUACCUCCUAUUGAUUUAAAACCCUGUUGUACAGUUAUAUUAUCCAAUUUUAUAAAGAAAAAUGAUGAUUUAAGUAAUAGUAAUUCAGAUGGUAGACAAUUGCUUAUAUCAACUACAUGGAAAGCUGCUGAAAAUGGACAUUUGAAAUGUUUAAUGCUAGCACAUAAUGAAGGAUAUCCAUGGGAUGAAGCUACAACAGAGUCAGCUGCUAGAAAUGGUCACUUAGAUUGUUUAAAAUUUGCUCAUGAAAAUGGAUGUCCAUGGGAUAAAUAUAUAACUGAGACAGCUGCUGGAAGUGGCUUUCUUAACUGCCUGAGAUAUGCCCAUGAGAAUGGAUGUCCAUGGGAUGAUUCAACAACAUAUUAUGCUGCUGGAUAUGGUAAACUAGAUUGUUUAAUAUAUGCAAUUGAAAAUGGAUGUCUAUGGCAUCCAUGUACUACUUAUUUUGUAGCGCAAAAUGGACAUUUAAACUGUUUAAUAUAUGCUCAUGAAAAUAACUGUCCUUGGGGUCAACAUACAACUGAAACUGCAGCUGCUGAAGGAAAUUUAGACUGCCUAAAAUAUGCCCAUGAAAAUGGGUGUCCUUGGGAUUUACAUACCACUGCAGCAGCUGCUGAAAAUGGACAUUUAGAUUGUUUAAUCUAUGCUCAUGAAAAUGGAUGCCCAUGGGAUGAAUCAACUACAUAUUCAGCUGCAGCAUUUGGACAUGAAGAUUGUUUAGAAUAUGCACGGAAAAAUUAUUGUCCAGAAUCAAACUUAGACUGAUUAGUUUUUAAUUUAUUUUACUACAUUAAUUUUUAAUUUCAUUAAUUGUAUUAAGUUUAUCAUUAUGUGUAUUAAUCUUAUCCUAACAAUUUUAAAAUGUAUUAGUUACUAUCUAGUCACCAAAAAUAAUACUAUGUUAACUGUACCUUCUGUAUAUAUUUACAUAUGUUUUAAUCAUCUCAAUACACUUAAAAUAUAUUUUCUUACAUUUAAAAAUGCAAUUCUAUGUUGUAAUAUUAAUGAUUCAACAAAUUUGUAAUUAUUUUACUUUUGUACUUUUCU